AAGAAAAUCAGAGGAUCAAGUGGAGGCACAAUGUUUGAAUACUAGAAGUUUCAGAGAUAAAGAAGGGAAGAAAAAAUCCAAGAAACACAAUAAAUUUUUCAUAAGUAAAGAGUUUCCAGAUUGAGAAGGUCUACUCAGGGAGACACAAGGGAUGAAAAAAGACCUACUCCAAGGAUUAUCAUUGUGAAAUUUCAGACAGUCAGACAAUGAGAAAAACAUAAAAGCUGCCAGGGAGAGAAACAAGCACAUACAAGGAAUCAGGGUUCAGAAAGGCAUGGAUUUCUCACUAGAAGCUAUAAGGCAAUGGUGCAUUGCCUUCAAAAAUAUGAGCAAAAAUUAUUUCCAAUGUAGAAUUUUAUACCCACCCAAACUAUAAAUUAAAGGGGUUGAUAAAGUAAAGGCAUAUCUAAAGGUGCAAGUCUCAAAAGUUUAAUUCCCAUGUACCCUCUCCUAAUUAGGAGUAAAUGAAAAAAAAAAAAAGAUACAACAUCCUGGAAACAGAAGCUCCAAUACAAGACAAAUGAGAUUCCCCAGGAUAUCAUGAAAGAUCCCAGAAUUACUACCAUGCCAUCUAGAACAACUAGUCCACACUGGAGCAAGAAAACAAAGGAUUCCCAAAAAAUAACUCUAGAAGAUGAAAUUGAUAAGUUGAUUAAUGGGUUUAAUCACAUUGAAAGGAAAUUUAUUCUUUUGGCAAAGAAUUUGAUGAUAAAUAAGUGACAGUAAGGAAAACAAUAGAAACAAACAAAGCAAAGAUAGAGAAAAAAGAGAUAGUCACCCUCCUAUGAUUAAGAGCAUAGGUUUGAGCCAUAAGGCAGUAGCUUAAACUAGAAGAUGAUUUCUCAUGUAAAAGAAGUCCAGACACGGGCAGUCCAGGGCUCCUGGCGUGGUGUUCCAUGGCAUCAGAACCCAGGCUUCUUCUCUCAUGUUCCACCAUCUUCAGCAUGUGACUUCUAGCUCAUACUCCAAGCCACGGACAUCCACAUUAAAGGAAGCAGAAAUAAGAAAGGGACAAAGAGGGGAAUAACCCCUCCUACACGGCUUUAGGAUCACUCACAGUGGGUCGUAAAUUCACCAACAUCCCACUGGCCAGGACUUACUCACAUGGCUGCACCAAGCUGCAUGGGUUCUAUUACUAAUUCACAAAAGGUGGGAGGGAUGAAGAAUGCCUGUUGGGAAACAGCUGGCACUCUCUGCCACCUGCCUCCAGCACUUCUAUUCUCCAUAUCCUACUGUGUUUUUUAUCAUAGCAUUUACUAACCCCUGAUAUAUUUUCUCUCCAUUUGUUUGUUCUCCCCAACCUGUAAGUUCCAAGAGGUCAGGGACUUUGUCUUUUGUUCGCCUUUCUACCCAGUUUCUGGAAAAGUGCCAGAAGCAUAGAAGGAAUUUAAUAAACAUUGGCUGAAUGAGUGAAUGAAUUAAUUCCAGGGGGGAGAAGUCUAAGAAAAUAAGUUUAAAUAUAAAGAUCCAGUCAGGGCAGAGAUGAAGCUUUGUUUCGUCUAGAUUAGUUAGAAGUGAAUGCCUAUCAUCUGGAAAAACCGACCCCCCUCUGGAAUUACUAAUUUUAAAAAGCCUCCGUUUUCUAAAUAGAUGAUUGAAAAGUCAUUGCACAAAGCACAAUCCAUACAACCACAGGUGAUAACCCUGUAAUAAUUCCCUAGUCUUAAUAAUUAAGCAAUAUUACACUAGUGUUCUCAAUAAUGUAAUUAGCAAGAAUAAUGUAACAAUAUCAUGUAUAAAGUAAAAUAACGUAUUCAAAUAAUUAUUUUAAUGUAAGCAUUAUUAAAUACAGGAAAAUAAGUUAUUUGGAGGGAGCAGUAUAAAAGAGACAAAUCCUCUUCUUCCACAGAAGGAAGUCACUAGACACUAUCUAUAACCGAAAAAAAUCAAGAAAUGGCAAACAAUGCUUAUUAUUUAAAUACCAAGGCAGGCAUUAGAGGAAAAAAGAGCUUGAAAUGUUGAAGGUGUUUAUUCUGAUGACCAAUAAUCAGGGAUAGGCAAGACCAGAUCAGAGGUCAACUGUUUCGCGUAUAAGGCUUACAGAAUUAUCUAGUUUUAACCACGUAUGUUUAACUAUGACUUUUUCAUAUCUAGCUCGGUGCCCCCACUCCUCUGAGCUCCUGAGAAACACAAUGUAAAUUGUUAGGAGCCUUACAACGUCACGCUGGAGGCGGCGACGAGGGAGGAGAAUUCACUUAGUGCAAAACAGCGAAGGCUCCCUAGUCGGCAUCAUACCCAACAAAACCCUCCACCAUCGUAACACAAAGCAUCACACCUGCGCAUCCAUCCUCCCCCUCACGGACAGACACCCGCGUCCACACACACAUUCACGAGUCGUUCCCAACUGAGCGUGGAAAUGAGGCAACGGGCCCGGAAAGCAGGUCCGGGAGCGACCUCAGCCUUCAGCCAAUCCUAACGUCCCCUCGGACGUCCCGGGUGAGACGGUCUGAGGAAACCCACGGGACCCGAGGCUCCGUGCGGACACACACGCGCCACGCCGGCCCGCCUGGCGGACUGGGCGAUCGGGCCGCGCCUCCCCAGCGUCGGGGCGGAGCUGACCCCGCCGGGCCCGCCCCGAGCCUGCGCCGCCCUGGCUGCGGUCGCCGCUCUCCGCCAGUCGGGAAGGCGUAGGACGACGAGACUCCGAGAGAAUCCCGGCUGGCUGCCGUCUGCGCUCGAAGCGGCGCCAUGCUCGGCCUCCGAAGCUGCCUGACCAGGGUUCUGGCCGCGCGGACGUUCGCGCCUCAGGUGUGCUCAUCUUUUGCUACAGGCCCCAGACAAUAUGAAGGAACGUUCUAUGAAUUCCGUACCUAUUAUCUUAAGCCCUCAAAGAUGAAUGAGUUCCUGGAAAAUUUUAAGAAAAACGUUCAUCUUCGGACAGCUCAUUCUGAAUUGGUUGGAUUUUGGAGUGUAGAAUUUGGAGGCAGAAUGAAUAAAGUGUUUCAUAUUUGGAAGUAUGAUAAUUUUGCUCAUCGAACUGAAGUUCGGAAAGCCUUGGCCAAAGACAAGGAAUGGCAAGAAAAAUUUCUCAUUCCCAACUUGGCUCUUAUUGAUAAACAAGAGAGUGAGAUUGCUUACCUGGUGCCAUGGAGCAAAUUAGAAAAACCUCCAAAAGAAGGAGUCUAUGAACUGGCUACUUUUCAGAUGAAACCUGGUGGGCCAGCUCUGUGGGGUGAUCCAUUUAAAAGGGCAGUUCAUACUCAUGUCAAUCGAGGCUACUCAAAACUAGUUGGAGUUUUCCACACAGAAUAUGGAGCACUCAACCGAGUUCACGUUCUUUGGUGGAAUGAGAGUGCAGAUAGUCGAGCAGCUGGGAGACAUGAGUCUCAUGAGGAUCCCAGAGUUGUGGCAGCGGUUCGAGAAAGUGUUAACUUCCUUGAGUCUCAGCAGAAUAUGCUUCUGAUUCCUACCUCAUUUUCACCGUUGAAAUAGUUUUCCACUGAAAUACGAAGCAUUUCAUUAACUGCCAUAAGAUGUGUCUGCUAAAGGUGCUUAAAUUCUCCCAAGAGAUUCUCAUUUUUAUUUGAAGGAGGUGGUGAGUUAAUUCACUAUGUCCCUUGCAUUUUUAAAAGCUACCUUUUUACAUUGUCACGACAACUUCAGGAACUAGUUCUGUUCAUUUUCCCCUUGGCAUUUCAGUAACUGUCAUACGUUAUAAAAAUACUUUUAAUUACUACAAGAUCUUGAUUUUUCACUUGUUUCAGAAUAUCUCUUAUUCUCUAUUUUGACAAGCUUCUGCUUUUAUAGCAUUUUAUUAUAUUCAAAUGAUUACAUUUCCAUGCCUGUGAUAAUAUUUUUAAUUAUUUAUAUACAUUGUCAACCUUUUCAUUGUUUCUGUUUUUCUGAGAUUUUCAAAGUUUUUUCCAAUAAAGUUUAUUUUGUAAUACUAAAGAGGAUUCAUAAAAACAUUAAACAUAUUUCUUUACUAUGGAAAAGUAUAUCAUCUGUGUCACCUGUAUUAAUUAUGGUUUUCACAUUAAUAAUUCAUCACUUACUUGAAAAAUACUAUUAGGUCCUGGUAUUAAAAAUCUCAGUUGAAGAUUCAUUGGUUUAUAUGCUGAAAUGUCUUCAUUUACAGUUAAUUUUACUAAUUCUUACUUCAAUUUGGAUCACUGUUUAAGAGAGAUACUUGGGACAUCUGUUUGUUUUAAUGAGAGAUUUAUGGUUAUGGAAAUGUUUGCCCUAAUAAAAGCCUAUAUAACCAUUCUGA